AUGAAUAAAUUAGAAAUAUUAAAUAGUCCUAGAUUAACUAGUUAGACAGAACAUGUCAAAAGGUCAUUCUAUAGUAAAAACGAGAAGAAUUAGGAGUCUUCAUGGUAUCAUCCAAGAACUUAAAAAAAUGAUGGUACAUGUAGUCCAUCUAAUCUAUAAAAUGAGAGUAUGUUGGAAUAAAUUAGAAGAUUGAAGGACAAGAUUAAAUUGCAAUAGAAAGAAAUCGAAAGAUUGUCAUGCAUUAACGAAUAUUUAAUAUAAGCAAAUCAAGCCAAACUCAAUAUUUUAUAAUCAGAAAGAUAGUUUCAUUCUAAAAAAGUUACAAUUAAAUUAGGCCAUAAUAAGACACUGAGUGAAAGGAAGAAUUAUCUCAGUAAAUUCCUAGAGGAUACAUCCUAACAGAGUCCCAGUGUCAAAAGAAGAAUCUAUAGGAAUCCGACAUUGGCACGUCUGCAUUUAGAGUAGGAGAGUGAAUAAUAGAAGAACGAAAAGCAGACUUAAAAGGCAUCCACUUUUUAUGAUACUUUGCAAUAAGAAGAUUGCUUUAGAACCAAUGCAAUACUAAAUAUCCAAUUGUCCGAUGAAGAUGCUCUCUAAUAAUAUAAAUAAGAUGGAACUGUAUCCUUAAUGAGAGAAUUAUUAGAUAACGAAGACUCAUUUGGUGAUAUCAUCUAAAAUAUGUCUGCUUAGAAGUUGUCAUUUCUUUAUGAUAAAUUUAAACGAAUAAUGUCUGAUCAUCAUCAAUUGUUCAUCCUAGUAUUGAGAUUAAAGAAAAUUGUUAUGGGAGCUCUCUAAAUGAACUCAUCGAUCUUAUUGGAUGAUGCUUUGUAAACCAUAAUAAAUAAGUGUGUGGACUGUUUGGAAUGUGAUAGAGCAUCAUGUUUUAUAGUUGAUGAAAGCAAAAAGGAAUUGUGGACUAAAGUGGCCAAAGGAACAUCGACCACUAUUCGUUUAUAAGUAGGUCAAGGAAUUGCUGGAUUUGUGGCACAAUCAAAAAGUAUCUUGAACAUAGAAGAUGCUUAUAGAGAUUAGAGAUUCAAUUCAUAAUAGGAUAUCAAAAAUAAUUAUAAGACCAAAACCUUAUUGGUAUGUCCAAUCAUGGAAAAUGACAAAUGUGUUGGAGUACUACAAUGUGUUAACAAAUAAAGUGGAUAUUUCACAAAGGAUGAUGAAGCAUUGUUACAAAUAAUGUGUGAAUUUUCAAGGUCUGUUCUCAAAAAUGCCAUGAAUCACGAUGCUCAAAUGUUAAUUCAAAAUAAAUUGAGACAUCUCAUUAAAACUGGUGUAUUGCUGCAAUCCAAAUAGAAUGAAAUUCACACAUUGAUUCAAUAAGCUGAAGAGAGAUUGAGAUCACUCAUGAAUGUAGAUUUUGGCAAAAUAGUUUACAAUGAUAUGCAAACCAAGAAAGUCACCCACAUCAAUAAGGAAGGCAAAUUGGAUGAAUGUGAUAACACACUUGGGAUUAUGGGUAAUUGCAUUCACAGUCAAUCCAUUAUAGCCAUCAGUAAUUGCUACAUCAACCCUCUUUUCAAUCCUAAUAUUGACAUCGAAACAAACAUGCCAAUCAUUUGUAUGCCUCUGAAAAAUAGCAAUCAGAUCAUUGGAGCACUCUAGGUUGUCAAUGUUAAAGGCAUUGGAGGUAGUGAUUCCAAAGUUAAUUCUAUAGACCUAGAAAUGUUAGAAUUAUUUUGUCUAUAAACUACUUAAUGCUUAAUCUAAAUGAAAAGCAAUAAAAAUUGA